UGCUUCUCCAUUCCCUCCCAAACAGCCCUUUUUGACUUGUUAGUACUCGUGUUUCUUCUCCGACAGCCAAAUGGGAAGCAAGACCGCGGGACGAAUCUGAUAGACGUUGUCAAUUCAGCAAUCCUCUCCUCUUUGCCCAUCCUGCUGCUAACUUUUCCUCUGCUCGAUCCGUGGCAUUUUGACCAUGAAAGCAACCGCACUCUUCGGCUCCGCUGCUCGAGCGACCUUUGUCACACGCUCCACGACCCGUCGUACAUCGAGUCUUCUUGUUCCCAUCCUGCGCCGGUCUACCUCAGCCUCCUCGACUCCUCUCGCCUUCAGGACCUCAACUCUUAAACCUCGCGCGUCAUUCUCCACCUCCCGCAUCUCCUACAAGGGCAUCCUGCCGGAAAGCUCAGAACCACAACCACCCAAGACCGACUCGUCACAUGGAAGCAGCCCAGCACAGAUCUCGGACGCCGAGUACCACGAGAUAGCAGACCAGUACCUCGACACGCUCGUCCUCGCCCUCGAAGAACUGAGUGAGUCAAGGACCGACGGUCUCGAGGUUGAGUUUUCGGCCGGCGUGCUGACGGUCACCCACCCAAAAGCCGGCACGUACGUGAUCAAUAAACAGCCCCCCAAUAAACAAAUCUGGCUGUCUUCACCUGUAUCCGGACCGAAACGGUACGAUUGGGUCAUCUCAGGCGCGGGCCAGCACGAGAAGGAAGGCUCGACGAUCGACGCCGGGGACGACGGGUCCGGUGGACGAUGGGUCUACUUGCGCGACAACAGCCAACUGAGUGAGCUGUUGAGGAAAGAGUUGGACGUCGAGGUCACAAAGGGAGACGAAAGUGACGCCGUCGGUGGACGAGAGGGACCUGCUGGUCAGGGUUCGCAGGUUGAGUGAAAUGUUCACGUAUAAUAUGCAGGGACAAGAACACAAAGCUGGCACUAUGGUUGCUGGAUAUUUGAGAGCCUCCAUGUACUGUACAAGAACAAAUUACGUUUUAUCUCUUGCGACAAGAGGAAGCAAGUAUACGUCUAAUAAAGCCACCCACUGUCUGGGCCACAGGCGUAGUUGAAGCCCG